AUGAGCAAGAUUGCUGUUUGUUUUUUAACGCGUACACCUAAUAAUGAAUUAAUUCGUUUUGCAAAUGAAAUUAUUGUUCAAACAAAAGAACUAGAUGUUUAUAUAAUGAUCGAUGAUAAUACUUAUCAACCACCAUUGUCUGAUGCAUUGCAUUUUAUUCAAAUUGAUGAUGAAGAAUGUAUGAAUAAUGGUUAUAAAAAUUCAGUAAAAUUUAUUUUAGAAAAAGAUUGUUUAUCUUGGGAUAAGGCUUUAUUUUAUUUUUGUUGUCAAAAUGGUAAAAUAUAUGAUUUUCUAUGGUUAAUAGAAGAUGAUGUUUUUAUUCCCAGUGUUGAAGCUUUGAUGGAAUUAAAUAAACAAUGUUAUGGUAAAAAUUAUGAUUUAAUAUGUCAAAGAAAUCAUUAUAAUCUUGAUGGAAGUAUGGAACCUCGCACAUGGGAUUUAUGGUUUGAUGCAGAAGGAAAAUUCCCAUUACCGUGGUAUCAUUCAAUGGUAUGUGCUGUUGGUUUAAGUCGUUGUCUAUUAACUCAUAUUGAUCAAUAUGUAACAACUCACCAUUUCCUACCAUUUAUUGAGUAUAUGUUUAAUACAAUUGCUAUGCAUGCAGGAUUAUCUGUUUAUUGUCCAUUAGAAUUAUCUACAAUUAAUUAUAGACAUGAUUGGUUAUUCAAAGAAAUACAAGAACGACCAAUGAAUUGGUAUCAUCCAAUGAAAGAUUUUGAAAAACAACAUCGAUUUCGUGAAAGAUUAGCAAGUUCAUCAACGAUGGUCGACGACGAUUUUGAACAACAAGAACAAGGACAGUAUGAACCGGAUUGUUUCUGUUUACAACCACCUAAUAUAUAA